AUGGAUUCAGGCCGCGGCGGCGGAGCCAAUAAUUACCGGUACCUUCGGAAACCACCGUCUCGCGAUCGGCUCCUCGGCAUUUUCGCGACCGCUCGCUCAUUAUCCCAACCCUCUACCUCCAGCUCCACUUCCCCUUCCACUUCCGCCGCUGGAGAUGAGCUCAGCGAGCACGACAUCUUCGACGCGCCAUCCGACGUGUCCUCUGAAGGCAUUCACCACUCUGUUCCUUCAACAUCUACGAGCCCCAAUCCUAAUCACAAUCGCUCCCCUAACCAUCGCUCUCACCACAAACAUUUCGGUAUUCUAGCCGCGUUGCCGGAGUCUGAGUCCCACGCCCCGGCUCUGCUCUCCGUCUCUUCGUCCUCUUCUUCCUCCACAUCGUCUGCUCGUUUGAUUCCUACAAUACCUAAACGGCCGCCAUCGGUGGAUCGGAUUAAAUAUCUCCAGUCCGCACCGGUGAAUGUGCCUGUAGUUUCGGCAGCAGGGGGGCGAAGAAGACGCCAUUUCGACGACAUUGACGAUGAUGAGGAUGAUGACGUGGAUAAUGGCGAGAUGUUACCGCCGCAUGAACUUGUUGCAUCGAGGCAGACGCCGAUUUUGGCAUCCUCUGUGCUUGAGGGAGCUGGGAGGAAGUUGAAAGGGAGGGAUUUGAGGCAGGUCCGAAAUGCCAUUUGGCGGAAGACAGGUUUUCUUGACUGA